UAAACUCACGUUUGACCACUCCAUAGUCUUCCUUGUUGCGCCAUAGUCCCUAUUCCUCUGUCCGUGUCUCUCUCUUUACAUAUAAAAUACAGCCGGUUGCUUUCACACUCAUUCCCCCGCUCUCUCCCUCGCCAGUAACAGAUUGAACAUAGUAAGCCCUUAUACCUGUUCGUGAAUAAUGGGAGGGCUUUGUUCCAAGACUUCAGAUUCCCAUAAAAAAAGGUCAUCAAGUGCUCGUAAUACCAAACAUGGUUCUGGUAGAUCAAUGAAUCACCCAACUAAGUCGGUAGAGUCAAUGAAGAAUCAGACUGAGUUGCUUCCCUCACAAGUGCAGGAAAGUACUAAUGGGAUAUUACAUGGACCUACAAAAAUAAAAAGUUCAUCUGUCAAAGAUGAGUUAAGCGUGACGAAGAUUGGAAGUGAUAGUGAUGAGAUAUAUGAUGGAAUACCUAGAUAUCCAAGGGCACAUUCCCAAAAAAGUAGAUCAACAAGGACCAAGGAGGGUCUAGGCCGAGCUGGUACUCUUGGACUUGAAAAGGCUGUAAAAGUCUUGGACACCCUAGGCAGUAGCAUGACCAAUUUGAAUCGACACGGUGGUUUCGCAGCUGGGGUGACAGUCAAAGGCAAUGAAGUCUCAAUUUUAGCAUUCGAAGUUGCAAAUACAAUUGUCAAGGGCUACAGUCUUAUGGAAUCUGUUUCAGAUAGUAAAGUACAGCAAUUGAAAGACAUUGUCCUUUCAUCAGAAGGUGUGCAAUAUUUAGUGUCAAAAGAUAUGGAUGAACUCCUAAAAAUGGUCACAGCAGACAAGAGGGAAGAGCUUAAAAUUUUUGCAGGAGAAGUUAUUCGUUUCGGAAAUCGUUGUAAAGAUCCUCAAUGGCAUAAUUUGGAUCGUUAUUUUGAGAAGCACAACAGAGAACCUCCUAGACAGUUGAGGGAAGAAACAGACUCUGCAAUGCAGCAUUUUAUGACCUUAGUUCAUCAUACUGCUGAAUUAUACCAGGAGUUAAAUGCAUUAGACAAAAUGGAGCAAGAUCAUCAACACAAACAUCAGAAUGAGAAUAAUUCAAACGCGACUCAAAAAGGUGAGGCCCUUGCAACUGUAAGGGUAGAAUUGAAAGACCAAAAGAAGAAAGUAAAAGCUCUAAAGAAAAAAUCACUGUGGUCCAAGAGUAUGGAAGAGGUGAUGGAGAAGCUUGUUGAUAUUGUCCUCUUUCUGAAUCGAGAAAUAAAUAAUGCAUUUGGUGGUACAACUGCUAAUACAGAAUCAAACGGACCUAUGAGCAUCCAAAGAAGACUGGGACCUUCUGGUCUGUCUUUGCAUUAUGCUAACAUUAUCCAGCAAAUUGACUCGAUAGUUGCCCGCUCCACCCCAGUGCCUUCUAGUACAAGGGAGUUCCUAUACCAAAACUUGCCUCCUUGUAUCAAAUCAUCUCUGCGUUCGAAACUACAAACCUUUCAUGUCAAAGAAGAGCUCACAGUUCCAGAGAUUAAAACAGAGAUGGAGAAAACUUUGCGUUGGCUUGCUCCUAUUGCCACAAACACAUCAAAGGCUCAUCACGGAUUUGGUUGGGUUGGAGAGUGGGCAAGCAUGCGGACUGAAGUAAAUCAAAAACAAAAUGGCCCAAUAGAAAUUACUCGGAUAGAAACACUUCAUUAUGCAGACAAGAAAAAGACAGAUGAUUGUAUUAUACAACUUCUGUUGUGGCUCAAUUAUAUGACGAAGCAACUUAAGGUUUCACCCAUGAUUUCCCCAAAGCAAGUGAAGCCACAAGAGAAGGCACAGCAGUCAACGACCACACCUACUGAUCAGCCAUCACCUAAUACUGAUCGUCCAUCACCUAAAGAAGUCAUCGAAGACAGAGACAUGCUUCGAGAUAUUAGCAACAGAACAAAGACUCUAGGGUUGAGCAAGAGUCAAAACUACGAGUGUACACAGUUCAGGUUAAGAAAGAAUGACAGACUAACUAGAAGUAUCAGUCAAUGGCCGGCAAGCAAGCACGACAGUUUCCUUCCUUUAAAGACACUUUGUUCUAGCCUGCCAGUGACUGAUUUGAAGUUAGAAAAAGAGAGAUCCAUGGAUGCUAUCGAUGGGAUACACACAACUGUUCCCUGCAAUUAAUUAUUUUCAGGAGGAUGCAAAGCUGCAGUAUAUAUAAGCACAUGGCAUCAUGUUAUGGAGUACCAUCCUAGUAUAUUUUUGAUAAAGGAUCUGUAUUGACCACUUUAUUAUCCUAUUUACAGAUUAUUUUUCAUUGUAUAAACCAGUACAAAGAGUGGAUGUGUUAAAUUGUAUAUAUGAUCAUGAUUUAUCCUUAA